AUGGCCAACGAGAAACGAAAAACUCUUCGAUACGAGCUUGCCGGCGAUGAGUCGCCAUACCUUAGCCCGGCGCCGACUUAUUCGAGUCUAAGGAGGGCUGCGAGCACCGGCGACCUGGCAAAUGCUGCCGAGAUGCCAGCUGAGGCUUUGCCCGUGAGCCCUUCAUCUACAUUGGUUGAGUUGGUCGGAAGCGACGUUCAAACCACAGAUGAUGCACGGGUCGAGAUCGACUACAACUCGAAGCUCGUACGCAGCCUCUCAUACCUGUACCGGACGCCUCCCGAAAAGCACCAGCCUCAAGAAACCCCGUCGCCUGAAUAUUCCGAAACCGAAACAACACCAGCCACAUCGUGGACCACGAGACUGAACAUUGUCAUCCAGGUUGUGGGAAGUCGAGGAGACGUGCAGCCGUUCAUCGCCCUCGGCAAUGAGCUCCAGCGACACGGCCACCGCGUUCGACUCGCAACCCAUGACACGUUUGAGAACUUUGUGCGGAAUUCUGGCCUGGAGUUUUACCCCGUCGGCGGCGAUCCGGCCGAGCUGAUGGCCUACAUGGUCAAGAACCCAGGCCUUAUCCCCAGUAUGAAGAGUCUUACAGCCGGUGAGAUUCAGCAGAAGCGCUACAUGGUGCAGGAGAUGCUGGACGGGUUCUGGCAUUCAUGCCUGAAACCGGACACACUGACUGGCCAGCCUUUCGUAGCUGAUGCCAUCAUUGCCAACCCGCCCAGCUUUGCGCAUAUCCAUUGCGCCCAAGCCCUCGGUAUACCUGUGCACCUGAUGUUCACGAUGCCCUGGAGCAGCACCAAGGCCUUUCCGCAUCCGCUCGCCAACUUGAAGAAUGUCGGUAGUGAUCCUCAACUGGCAAAUUAUAUCUCCUACAGCGUGGUUGAGUGGUUAACCUGGCAAGGCCUGGGCGAUAUUAUCAACAAGUGGCGAAAGUCUAUCGAUUUAGAAGAGGUGGCCAUGUUCGAUGCUCCCAUGCUCACACAGACGUUGAAAAUACCCUUCACAUACUGCUGGUCACCGGCCCUGGUGCCGAAGCCGGCCGACUGGCCUUCGCACAUUGAUGUUUGUGGGUUCUUUUUCCGUGACACACCCCAGUACUCUCCGCCACCAGAUCUUGCUCUUUUCCUCGAGACUGGCACGCGACCAGUGUACAUUGGAUUCGGCAGCAUCGUGUUGGACAACCCAGCCAAGAUGAUACAAAUCAUCCUUGACGCGGUUCAAGCGGCCGGCGUCCGCGCCAUCAUCUCCAAGGGUUGGUCCGAUCUGGUAGGCUCGGAGAACAAAAAUGUCUACUGGAUAGGAGAUUGCCCGCACGAGUGGCUUUUCCAACACGUUGCCGCCGUGGUUCACCAUGGAGGCGCAGGAACGACAGCUUGUGGGUUGAGGAACGGGAUACCCACCACCAUUGUUCCCUUUUUCGGAGACCAACCUUUCUGGGGCCAGAUGGUCGCCAACGCAGGCGCAGGCCCUAGCCCCAUAAACCACAAAGAAUUAACAGCAGAGAACCUUUCUCAGGCUAUUCAAUACUGUCUCUCGCACAAGGCCGCUGAGGCUGCUGCGUCCAUCGCCGCAAGGAUGAGGGCCGAGGUGGGCGUCCGAGCUGCUGUGCAGUCAUUCCACCGACAGUUGCCUCUGGAACGGAUUCCAUGCGACCUCAUCAAGAGUGAGCCGGCCGUGUGGCUGUAUAACAAAGCGAGUCGGCCCGUCAGACUUUCCAAGAUGGCCGCAGAAAUUAUACUAGCAAACAAGUCGGUCGAAUCCAAAUCGUUGAAGAUCUACCAGAGCAACCCCAUUAUUAUCGAGACCACGCGAUGGGAUCCCCUUUCUGGGGGAGCAUCGGCAGUCAUGGCAACAGCAACAGAUAUGGCCGGAUCUAUCACGGGCAUGGCCACCAAGCCGAUCGAAGAUCUUGGAGGCCGCGCCUCGGGCGAUUCGGGGAGACCAAUGAGCACCAAAAGCGAGCAAUCUGGCUCGUUGGCAGGCAGGAUGGCAGGCGCAUCAGCCAAGAGCGUAGGCAAAAUCGCGCCCACCGCUCUGAAAGGCAUGGUUGUUGACAUCCCGCUCGCCAUCACCGAAGGGUUGCGCUCAGUGCCUCGCCACUACGGCGGCGGCGUCCGUGACCACGGCCCCGUGACGGAUGCAAAGAGCGGAAUGAUCGUGGCCGGCAAGACUUUCGCUUGGGGUUUUAUCGAUGGUAUCAGCGACAUCGUGGUGCAGCCGUACAAGGGUGCCAAGAAGGACGGCGCUCUGGGAGCCGUAAAGGGCCUCGGCAAGGGAGCCAUGAGUCUGGCGACCAAGAGCGGCGCUGGCAUGUUCGGAGUGUUUGCGUAUCCCAGUGCAGGCAUCAGCAAGAGCCUACGGACAGCGGUGCACAGCACAACCCGCAAGGCGAUAGCUCACGAGCGGCAUAUAGAAGGGGUGUGGAUGAUGGAAAACAUGGGAGCUGACAUGGUGGACUCGGGCGAACUUGUCGCCUCCUUUAUGCGCUUGCAAGCGAACAAAUAGG